AGCAUUAAGGCUUCAAAACGCAGCGUUUUAGUCCGAAGAUGGGUCGGUCGGAAAGCGGCUACCUUUGUUGCCUACAGAAUUUGUUCGUUUCUUUUACUCUCUCCGACAAACCCACGAGAGCGACAGACAAGAGAAUCGUCCAUGGAGGAGAAGCUGAGCGACGAUGCUGAGGUGUACCCGGUGGACAAGAGCAUGCCGGAGGCAGAAAAUAGCGAGAAAAAAGUGGAACCGGAGAAGGAGCUGUGUAACGGUGACGAUGACGGAUUGAGUCAACUCAGAGACGGAGAAUCACUUAAGACUAUCGAUGCGGAUAUGGAUGAUUUUCACGAUGGGGCGGUGCGAGAAAUCACAGCUAACGAUCAGGAUCAAGGUGUUCGACAAAAUUCGGCUGUGGAACCAAAUGGUGAACAUGUAGGAGAGGUGAAGGAGGAUGUUGUAAGCGCGAUUGUGACGGGUGAUGAAGUUGUAGUAGAAAACCGUGAGGUAGAAACAUGUCCCGGUCUGACUGCUUCGUCAGAUCCAUCAAUGGUAGAGCCAUCUCUAUCUUCAAAUCCUUCGGCUGCACAAGUUCUAUCACUAAUUCCAUGUUCCGAGAAGCAAGAGCAAAGAUAUGAUUCUCGAGUGGUUAAUAGCUUGUCGGUUUCUCCGGUUUUGAGGACACCGGCUCGCGAUGGUUACAAUUGGAGAAAAUACGGACAGAAGCAGGUUAAGAGUCCCAAGGGCUCACGGAGCUACUACAGGUGUACGUAUUCUGAUUGUUGUGCUAAGAAAAUUGAAUGCUCCAGUGAUUCAGGAAACGUGAUAGAGGUUGUAAACAAAGGUUCGCAUAGUCACGAACCUCCCCGAAAAAAUAGCUUCUCCCCGAGAGAGAUUAGAGCUGCAUCAGUUAUCUCACCUGUUUCAGUGGACAAAACAAUAGUAGAGGAGCUAGAAAUAGUCCCUAGCGGUUCAGAUCCGUCCGCUUCAACUAAAGAUAACAUCUGUCAGUCGUUAACAAUCGAUGAACGGAAGAGACACUUCGAGAAUGAAGCUGUGGAGGAACAAGAGCCAAAACGAAGGCAAAUAGAAUUAACACGCUCGCCUCUUUUAUUCGUGUGUUUCAGACUGAAAAAGGACAACUCACAAAGUUCAGAUUCUGUCUCCAAACCUGGAAAGAAACAUAAAUUCGUAGUGCACGCAGCUGGUGAUGUUGGGAUCUCUGGUGAUGGAUACAGAUGGCGCAAAUACGGGCAGAAAAUGGUGAAGGGGAAUCCUAAUCCGAGGAACUACUACCGAUGUACCUCUGCGGGUUGUCCUGUCCGUAAACACAUUGAGACAGCAGCAGAGAACACGACAGCGGUCGUAAUCACAUACAAAGGAGUACACAACCACGACAUGCCGGUGCCAAAGAAACGGCAUGGUCCUCCUAGCUCAAUGCUUGUGGCUGCAGCCGCUCCAACAGCCAUGAGAAGCAGGUCAGAUGAUCAGGUGAACAUUCCCAGUUCAAGCCAGUGCUCGGUGGGACGAGAAAGUGAGAGGCAGAGCAGUGAAGCAGUGGAUGUUGGUGGCGAGAAAGUGAUGGAAUCGGCUCGGACUUUAGUUGAUCAACACUCAAUCCAUUUGUGCUCUCCGAUGGCGAGCCUUCGAUGCCUUCGCGAGCUAAGCCGCCGUGCUACGACGGUUCUCUCGAUUAAUCAGACGCGCUCGAUCUCUUCGCUUCCGGUGUUAGAGCUUUUCGGGAACAGCAUUACUCAUGAGACCCCGAUUCCGAAUCGAUCCCUCGCUAGGGAUUUCUCAUGGUACAGUCUCCGGUAUCGCUCCCAAGGUCGCCGUUUCUCUUCGAACACAAACGAUAGUGAUGAAGGUGAGGAAACCAGCGAUGGGGAGGAUGAGGGGGAAUACGAGGAUUCGGCGGAGGUGGAAGUAGAGAGGGAAUAUUCACCGGCGGAGAAAGUGGAGGCGGCGGCGGAGAUAGGGUAUAAGGUGAUGGGUCCUCUCAAACCUAAGGAGCGACUCUUCAAACACUAUGAACCAGUGUUCGCCGUUGUUCAGAUUGGUUCGCAUCAGUUCAAAGUAAGCAACGGGGACUCCAUUUUCACAGAGAAAUUGAAAUUCUGUGACAUAAAUGAUAAGCUGAUACUGACCAAGGUUCUCCUAUUGGGCUCGGCAAGCCAGACGAUAAUUGGCAGGCCUAUCUUGCCAGAGGCGACUGUUCAUGCUGUGGUGGAAGAGCAUGCACUGGAUGAAAAAGUGCUCAUCUUCAAAAAGAAGCGACGAAAGAACUAUAGGAGAACCACAGGACAUCGACAGGAAUUGACAAAGUUGAGGAUAACCGAUAUAGAAGGAAUUGAGAAACCAGAACCGAAGUUUAUCCAUAAGUCUUCCAGGGCAGAUGAUACAGAGCAACCAAAAGCUGAGCUAGUUGCU